UUUUGAAAGCAAUAUCCGUUCAUAGAAUACGUUCUUCGGCACUAGCCUAAACAUGUCCAGAAGAGCUCAUGGAGUGAAAUUGAAGAUGAUUUGUUGCUCCUUUUUGAUGAAAGCAGCAGUAUUUAUAGACUAUGGAUGUUUGGAUAUUACAACUACAUGCUGGAACCGGAUUCUAGUCCACUGUUCUGCAUAGAAAGAGUUACAGGAUAAUCAAGACCAUCUGCCCUUCAUUGGGCUGUAAGGUUGGCACUGCCAGGUAUCUGUACGGUUCUUAUCGGCCGCGGGGUUGAAGUAAACGCUUGGAGCGUUGUUGGUAGCCCAACGUACUGUGCGAAGAGAGCUCUUGACUCUAUUUCAACCAAGGAGUUUUACGAACAAGACGCGGUUUGGAUAUGGGAAUGUAUAGGGAAAAUAAUCAAGAGUCUUAUCACAGCCGGCGCAGACAUCAAGAAUGCAGAAGACUCUUCCGGCCUACACAUCCAAUUGUAGAACUUCUAUACGAUUCUUUUCUUUUUCUAGGAGAAGCAAAAGAUUCCAGCAAGCUUCUCGAAUUUAUUUUCACUAUGGAUCCAAAGAUAUCAAUUGAUGAUUUGUUUUCAUUUAUAAAAUAUAUCAGUUUGUUUCAUGGGACAAGAAUAUUUGACAAUGCUGCGGCCCUUGAACUCCUGAAAUGGGGAAUAAGGACGAACUUCAUACAUUUCACCCCCGAUACGUUACCGAUAAUAUUAAUUAUUAUCCUCGGUGAGCUAGCUAAACCGGGAGAACCUUCGACAAAUCUCAAAUUCCUUCUCCAGAUGAACUUCCACGACCUAAUACGAGAAAAAAACGGGGUAGAUUUAGAUUGUGCACUACAAGAUAAAUCUGAAGAUUGGAUGGCAAAAUUGCAUGUUGCAAUUUCGCAAUGGAUUCUCAUAUCAAAAGAGGCGGUCCCAUACAGCCUUGAGAGGACGCUCGUCAGAAUUAUCUCUGACGAGGUCACCGUGGAUAUACCAUGUAUUUUUUUCUUCACACGGGAUAUCGUCACGGCGUCACUAAGUAACAACAUCAAGCUAAAUUUUAAUUGGCGAUUUACAGAUAAAUAGGGUGACACGAUUAUGCAUUAGAUAUUCAAGAUAUCUACCAGACGCAGCUUCAGGCUGGGAAAGACAUUCUUUACGGCUAUUUUCAAACAUAGGGCAGAUAUCACCCUCUCAAAUGACAGUGGCACGAGCCCAAUAGAGCUGCUGAUACAAAACCAAAAAAUGGAUAGACGCAAGCUCUGUCGAAUUUUGGAACUUGUGAAGAUAUCAAGUGCGAUUAAUCAAUUACCCGGCCUGCCCGAAAAAUUGCUGCAAGCAGCUUUGCACUCGCCUGCAAAAGUGGAAUAUUUUCCAUCAGUUAGCGAAGGACGAAGACAUACACGGCAAACUUCUACA